UCUCCCUGGCUGGCUGUGACUGUGAGUGACUACAGCAGUGUGUGGUGUGCAAUCCGAGUCAGGCUCCUUAGUGUCUUGUCGAAUGUGACCGAGUGUAGAUGUGUGCUUUGCGUCUCGUCUGUGCUGCGCGCCGCCGUGUCGGGGACAUAUAACCGCUUCCUUAUCCCACUAAAAAGUGUCGGGAUUCCUUUGACGCUGGAUGUCAGGACGUUAAAAUGGUGGAAUUAAAACCGAAAAUUUGCGUGAAACAGCUGUGCGCGUGUCGAGGGCCUUACCACCACCACCACCACCGCCAUCUCUCCAUCUCCAACACUAACACCGCUACAGCCUCGCCAACAAUCACCACCAACACCACUCCAACAGUCCUCCAACGCAACACUACCACCACCACCCCCACCAGCCAGUUGCAACGUCAGUCCCAUCAACGACAGCAACAACAGCUGUCAGCCGCGUCAGCCCUUCAGAAUCGGCAUCAGCAGCUGGUGCUGCGGCAGCGCUACCUAGCGCCGCAGUCCAAGAUGGGGUCGGGUCCGCACGCGUCCAGGAUCGUCCGCAAAUACCGCAGGUCGAGACUGAAACGCGUCAAGCGGCAGGAGUACCAGAAGCUGCGGGAGAUGGUCCCCGCUCUGCACGAGAGGCCCAGGGUCUCCAAGGUGGAAGUGAUCGAGGAGGCUAUCAAAUACAUCGAUGAACUUCACACAGCUUUAAUUCAGAGAUUUCGGGCCAGAGGUCUACCGUCGGUACUUAAAGAUGUCCCCUUGGAGGCGCGGGAAGUCCACGGCGGCAACAUCCGGGAGCUCGUGAGACACCUCUUGGCCACCUCCAACCCUGCUUCGUUGCCUCCGUCGCGGAUCGAGAACGCCAGAACCUUACCGUCUUUCAUCCAGAAGAUCAGCAAAGCGAGGAGGCUGUAAGGAUGGAUGUCCUACCUCCUGAAGUGGCGUUCAAGAAGAGAAAAUCGGCAUCUGCGCGCGUCGACGCACCAGGAGGAAGAUGAUCCCAUUCCUCGUCCUCUUAUGAUGUAGAGGAAGGAAGAUCUUAUUCCCUGUCCUCUUAAUGAUGUAGAGGGAGAAGAUCCUAUUCCUCGUCCUCUUAUGAUGUAGAGGGAGGAGAAGAUCCUAUUCCUUGUCCUCAUGUGUGUUCCGACUGGGCUCGUUCUUUUUCCUUUUUUUUUUCCUUAUUUUGGAAAUUUUUUGUUGCCAUGGAAUUCAUAUUUUUUCCAGGUUUUUUUUCCCUGAGCGAGCCAGUUCAUUAUUUUCUCUCUCAAAUUUAUGGCAAGACUGGAAAUCAUUGUUUUUUUCAGCGCCCAAGAACAAAUGCGCCCACUUAUUUCUUUGCUGACAUCCGGCUGGGUUAAAAGUUUUUUAUUCCAGACUUCAAGGAGAUCACCCCGUAGUUUUAGAUCUUUUAUUUUCAUACACUUGUCAUUCCAGUCAGACACAUUCCGCACAGUCAUAUCUGUAUUGGAAAAGUGGCAGAAAAAAAAUGAUGUUUUUUUGUGACAGUGUGUUUCAGUAAAGUUGUUGAUAGAAAUAUUUACAAGCUGGAGACCUCACCAGAACCUCUCCAAAUAUUAAACUGUUUUUUUGAAUAAGUACUUUGAGACUUAGAAAUGUUUAUUAACUGAUAACUGACAUCCAGUGUUAAGUGUAUUUUAAAGCCAAUGCUGGCAUGAGCUAAGUUAAUGAUAAGAUUGAUAACUUAUCUACUAACUAUUCACUUUUAUGACCUUGUUAUCUUUGAAUUUUGAGCCUUGUGACGUGUUGCAGUGAAAGAACUAUAGCAUCUGUGACUUGCGUUUUGUCCAAGUAAAACGCCUUAGUCAGGAUUUAGAAGAUCAACUGUCAACAAAUCUUUUCUUCUGAGGGCUGCAGUUCGUUUUUCGUUCGUCUGGAUGCUGCGAACAACAAUCUGGUAUUUAUAGUUGCUGGAAGAUUAAAAUGUCAGCCAAAGAUGCAUUGAACCAUAUCGACGACCUCCCCGACCUCUCAUUGAUCCUGCUUUACGCAAACAUCUCUCCCUUGUGUGAACAGCUAAUGGCCUUUUGCUUUGCGCUGGAAGAAGUGAUGGAAAGAGGUCUUCUGCUAAUAGGCGUCUGGAAUCCAGUUCCAGACGAAUGGAAUCCAGAUCGGUAUUGAAAAAAAAUGGCUUACUUAAAAGUCUGGAAUCGACUGGACAAGCAUUGCCUUAAAGAGAAUCUAGAAACGUCCAGAACACGCCGACAAUGCUCCCUCCGGCAUUCCAGUCCCUGGAAGAAAACAAUAGAACGUAACCUUAUCGGGCGUUUCCAGAUCACCUUAAACGAUAAACAGUCAGCCCACAAAGAGAGAAGAGAGGAGAAGAGGAUGAAGAAAGGAAGAUUAUUUCAUUUUAAUGUCCAUUGAUGCUGACCUGGAGAGAGAGAGAGAGAGAGAGAGAGAGAGAGAGAGAGAGAGAGAGAGAGAGAGAGAGAGAGAGAGGUGACGAAGGGAAAAUAAAGUGGAAGAUGCAGCAUCCAGGAGAUCGGGAGAUGAGAUACGUGACGUCUCUUCCAGGGAGAAAGAAUAAGAAGAGCUUUCCAGCGGCCGGACGUGAGUGGCAGACAGUAGGCAGACCCUUGUCAGUGUAAAACUGAGGAACAUUGUGAAAGGUCUGAUUAUGAUGCCCUGCGCCCAGUGCGACAGCGUGAAAGAUGGCAUCUGUGUCGUCAGCAUGUGUGUCUUUGUGUGUCUGUGACGUGCUUUGGGCCCCGAGACCUACAUACACACGCCUUCGACAGGCCGCCGCCCGCCCCUCUUCCUCCCACAGAAGAAAGGAUGACGUCCCUGGAAACGAAGAUAAACUGAUCCUGCGUUUUGUGUACAUAUACAACUCUAAGCUUUUAAUGUUUUUAAGCAUUCUUACCCCAAUGUGAUUGAUUAAUUUUAGUGUUCGAUGAAAUAACAUACACGCUUAUUUGCUAAUUAGUUUUUUGUAUAGGAAACUCCUCCUCAACGAGAGGACAUUUGUGUGUG